UGAAACCAGAAAGACCCUCCAAGAACACACAAACCAGAGAAAAAGGAAUUCUAAGAAAAGUAAAGAAGGAAAUGCAAUCUUUAUCUUCCCUUCGAAGCGCCCUUUGUUCUAUUCCUGCUUCAUUUCCUCUUCCUUCUCAUGGAACUUUCAACUCCAUAUCCAGACACGCCGCCUCUCCAGGUCUAGUUGGGAGUGAACUGAACUUCUCGAGAACUACAUUUCAUCGAAGGAGUAAGGUUAAUUGCAUUUCCACCCCAUCAGAGAAAGCUGCCUUUACUCAUGAAGAUCAUGAAAAAAAGUGCCCUUUGGUUAAAAUGUGUGGGAUUACCUCAGCUCGAGAUGCUGUGAUGGCAGCAGAAGCUGGUGCUAAUUUUAUUGGGAUGAUUCUUUGGCCCAACUCAAAACGUUCCAUUUCGCUUUCAGUUGCAAAGGAAAUUUCGAAAGUUGCAAGAGAAUAUGAAGCAGCUCCGGUAGGGGUGUUUGUGGAUGAUGAUGCAGACAUGAUAUUGAGAGCUGCGGAUGCAGCAGACCUUGAAUUUGUGCAGCUUCAUGGGAAAGGUUCACGGGCAGCUUUUCUGGAUUUAAAGGGAAAAAAUCAAAUAGUGUAUGUUCUCCAUGCAAAUGAGAAUGGAAACCUUCUAAAUCAAAUUUCAGAUGAAGAAUGUUCCUUGGUUGAUUGGAUUCUCGUGGAUAGUGCAACAGGUGGCAGUGGCAAAGGAUUUAACUGGACGCAUUUUGAAUUACCACCAAUCAAAAGUAAGAAUGGAUGGCUCUUGGCGGGAGAGAUUAAGCCUGAAAACGUUAGUGAAGCUGUUUCUCUCCUCAAACCUCACGGUGUUGAUGUUAGUAGUGGUAUUUGUGGCUCAGAUGGCAUUAAUAAGGAUCAAUCACGAAUAGUGUCCUUUAUGAAUGCAGUACAUUCUGUACGCUAUUGAUUGACCACAAGGAAAAAAGAAACCAAUCCUGGCUGCGUCACUUGAAACCCGAUUUGCAUUAUGCCAGCCAGUAUUACUAUCAUCUCAUUCUAUGGAGUUAUCUAGUUGAAUAUAGAUGUAGCAUGGGUCGGGUCUGAGACGGAAAUCCAUGCUUCUGAAAAGAGUAAAGAAGUAGUGAACUAUGGCUCUUCAGACUGUACCGAGUUGAUAUGAAGCCUGGCAAGUCCAUCUGCGCAGAAAUUCAAACUACGAGGCAGCUCAAAGUGUAUUUUAAUCUAUUAUUCAAGGCAUUUCAGAAUGAGAUCUUGAACAUUUAAAGAGAUUCUACUGAUGUAACAAGCGUACUAAACGUGACACCACAUUCUUACCAAUGAGGCGGGGAUGGUUGUCGUUCCUUUAACUGUGUAGUUUUUUUUAUCCAUCUCAACAUCAGAAAUUCCUUUCC